AUGACAGCAAAUGCAUAUUUCCUCUCCAUCAAAAGAAUGGCCGAUGAGCUUGCCCUUGCUGGACAACCUCUCAAAAGUGAUGAUAUAAUCACCUAUGUUCUUGCAGGACUUGGCCAGGAAUAUGAUUCCUUGGCCUCCACAAUUACCUCAAGACCUGAUCCUGUCAACUUGGAGGAACUCUACUCCCUACUUCUCAUCUAUGAAUCACGGAUAAAUCAUAAUAAUCAACCCCUUCGAAUUGAUGCUUCUGCAAAUUUGGUCACCACACAACCUCAACAGCAAACCCGACAAAGUGAAACUUUUCAAUCCUCCAAUCACAAUCGAGGUAUCUAUCGUGGUAAGGGACGUGGAAGACGUUCUCAAUCUCGUGAUUCAGGCCAAUCAAACUCCUUUAUCUGUCAGAUCAACAAAAUUCCAACAAUCAACCACAAGCACUGCUUGCUGCCAACUAUCCACAUGCUGACAAAGAGUGGCAUCCCGACAACAGGAGCCACCCAUCAUCUCACAAAUGACAUGAACAAUAUUCAUGUUCAAAAUGAAGGCUAUGAUUGCAAGACCGUGUCGAGGUGGCUAAUGGUGCAGAAAAAUCUGUUAUCUGUUCAGCAUUUUUGUUUAGACAAUAAUGUUUUCUUUGAGUUUUUUGCCUUUUUCUUCGUUGUGAAGGACUACUCGGGGACUGUCCUGCACCGCGGCCCACUCCGUGAACCUCUAACAUCUACUGCACCAAGCAAUCUGAAUAUGGUCUCAUCAUCUGGUCGUCAAAAUGAUCAUGAAGUUGCUUCAGGUUCAACUGCAAGGGAUAUCACUCGACCUCAGAAUGAAGAUAGUCCACCACAAGCUCCAUUACCUUCUCCACCUGCACAACAAAAAUCAGAAUUUGCACCCAAUGACCACAAGAAAAAAAAAUAA